AUGGAUGGUAAGAAUUCAUCUCUCCUGGCAGAAUUCAUUCUUAAAGGACUUCCAUGUGUGGAUGAGUUACGGAUCCCCCUCUUUCUGCUUCUCACUGUUAUCUAUAUUUCCACUUUAAUUGGAAAUGUCCUCCUUAUUAGCACAGUUAAAAGAACUCCAUCUCUUCAUCAUCCAAUGUAUUUCUUUCUGACAAACCUGUCAUUUCUGGACAUCUGCCUGUCUUCAGUCACCUUACCCAAGUUACUGGAAAACACAUUGUCCAGGAAAACGAUUCCCUUCAGUGGUUGUGUCUCCCAGCUGUACUUCUUCCAUUUCUUGGCAAGUUCUGAGUGUUUUCUGUACACCGUCAUGGCCUAUGAUUGCUAUGUGGCCAUAUGUCAACCCCUACACUAUAACAGGCUGGUGAGCUGGCGGGUUUGCAUGUGCCUUGCCUUUGGAUCCUGGUUGGCUGGGUCUCUGCACUCCAUUACCCAUACCGUGUUAACUUUCCACCUGCCUUUUUGUCACUCCAAUGAGAUAGACCAUUUUUUCUGUGAUAUAAUCCCAGUGCUGAAACUGGUCUGUGCAGACACCUCGAUCAACAAAACUAUGAUAUUGGUUAAUAUUGCAGCAAUCUCCCUAAGCUGCUUCCUUCUGAUCAUGACUUCUUACAUAAAUAUUAUAAUAGCCAUAAUAAAAAUAAAAACAGUGGAUGGAAGGAAAAAGGCGUUUUCCACUUGUGUGUCUCAUGUAACAGUGGUAGCACUGUUUUAUAUCCCUUGUGUUUUCACUUACAUGCGUCCUAACUCGAGAUCUACUUUUGAUGGGGCGGUAGCUGUUUUUUACACACUGAUCACUCCUUUACUAAACCCCAUUAUAUAUAGCCUUAGAAACAAAGAGGUGAAGGAAGCUUUAAAUAAAUUUCUAUGUUAA